AUGAAGUACUCGUUCACCCUCGCCGCCCUUGCGGCCCUUGCCUUUGGCAAGGAGAUGCCCAAGGACGAGGUGCGCGCCGCGGAGCUGUACGACUCUGGUGUUAUGCACGAGAGGAUCAUGGCGGAGAAGUUCAAGCAGUUUGAUGCCAUGGCCAACGCCCGCGCUUCCCAGCUCGCCGACCCCUACGUCGAGCUGCACUUUGCACAGUGCAGGGAUGGAAAGUCGGUGCCUUUCAGGGACCAGCCUACCUUUUUCUUCCGCUGCAACAACAUGAACCUGCACCACUUCCUGCCCCACUCCAUGAUGGGCAGCCAGACGGGACAGGGUUCAUCUUCGUGGGGUUGGACUUCCGAUGACGGCAGGGAGUUUGCCAUCAUUGCACAGGCUGACGGUGCUGCUUUUGCCGAGGUUAUCCUUGGUGGCAAGCUUCGUUACCUGGGUCGUCUGCCUCAGACCCCCGGUGCCGCCGCCGCCAUCUGGAGGGAGAUCCGUGUCUUCAAGCACUACAUCGUUGUUGGCAGCGAGUCCUACAACCACCACAUCCAGAUCUUUGACCUGAAGAAGCUGCUCGACAUUGACUACCGCAGCCCGGUUGUCUUUGACGCUGCCAAAGACGUUACUGGCUUUUACGGCAACCUGCCCGAUGGACGUGCCCACAACGUCCUUGCCAACGAUGCCUCUGGCUUUGCCUACGUCGUUGGUGCCCGUCCCCGCACUUCCGAGUGCCGCAGUGGCCUCAUCUUCCUUGACCUCAAGGACCCCUCCAAGCCGGAGUUCGCUGGCUGUGCGGCCAUGGACGGCUACGUGCACGAUGCUCAGUGCCUUAUCUACAAGGGACCCCACACCAAGUACCUGGGCCGCGAGAUCUGCUACGGCUACAACGAGGACUCUCUUACCAUCUACGAUGUUACCGACAAGAAGUACCCUCAACUAGUCUCGGUCACCUCAUACGAGGGUGCCACAUACACUCACCAGGGCUGGGUUCUCGACACCGAGAACCAGGAGUUCCUGAUCCUUGACGACGAGUACGACGAGUACGACGGACGCGGCCCUGGUGCCAACGGCCACGCUACAACGUUUAUCUGGGAUAUCCGAAACCUGGAGAAGCCCAAGCAGACGGGCUACUACCAGUCUCCCCGCACCAGCAUCGACCACAACCAAUACGUCUUCGGCAACUACAGCUACCAGUCCAACUACGGCGCCGGUCUCAGCGUUCUCGACAUCUCUUCGAUUCCCCAGCAGCCCAACGGCAGCGGAGUCCGCGAGGUUGCUUGGUUCGACGUCUACCGUGAGGAUGACAACCUAGAGGGCGGCGGCUCGCUGGCAUUCGUCGGCAGCUGGUCGAGCUAUGCUGGCUUCAAGUCUGGCUACAUUCUGAUCAACACCAUUGAGCAGGGUGCAUUCCUGGUCAAGGUGCAGGACCCCGCCAAGGGAGGCGACUGGACGGCCGAGUAGGUGGCUUUUCUUUUCCGUCUACAAAGACAAGUACUGGCGAGGAUAGAAGUUUGCACUUUACCGUGUUGUCCCAGGGGAUCAGACUAAUCAAAAGCGCUUCUUUUUGCUC